AUGAACGUCUCUAGCAAUGACCUCCUCAUCAGCUUUGAUGUUGAGUCAUUGUUCACAAGUGUACCAGUUAAGGAUGCUUGCGCCAUCAUCCUUGAGAGAUUGAAAUUUGACAGAACUCUCCCUGACAGGACACAGUUGUCUCCUCUAGAGAUCCAUGACCUGCUUGAGAUGUGCCUCAAUUCCACCUCUUUCAGAUGGAGAGACACAUUCUACAGGCAAACGGAAGGGGCUGCCAUGGGGUCUCCCCUGUCCCCAGUGGUAGCCAACAUGUUCAUGGAACAUUUCGAGGAGACGGCUCUCCAGUCAGCAACCCACAAACCCAAAGUGUGGCUUAGAUAUGUGGACGACACUUUUGUGGUUUGGCAACACGGUGCUGAGGAAACUAGCAAUUUCUUACAGCACCUCAACUCUCAACACGAGUGUAUCAAGUUCACCAUGGAAAUGGAGAAUGAGGGGUCUAUCCCCUUUCUUGAUACAAAGAUUACGAGGACGGCACAGGGAUCCCUAUCCCAUCAGGUUUAUCGGAAACCUACUCACACUGAUCGGUACUUGAACUAUCGUUCAUUCCACCACCCAUCAGUGCUGAGAUCCAUCAACAAGACGUUAGUCAAACGAGCGCAUGAGGUUAGUGACCAGAUCCACCUGAGAGGUGAGCUUGAGCAUAUCAAACGUGUUUUGAAAUGUAACAACUACCCCUCACAUAAGAUCUGCACUGAGCUUCCCCCCUCGCGGAACCCUCGUGCAGGACAACCCAAGGCGAGAGUCGUUCUUCCAUAUCUGGGAGCAGCCUCUCACAAAAUUCAGAGGAUUUUGAGAGAAGCCGACAUUGAGGUUCGUCAUAGUUCCUCAAAUAAGCUUCAAUCUGCCCUCACUACACAUAAGGACAAGCGCAACUCCAAGGACCUCCCUGGAGUUUACCGAAUUCCUUGUGAAUGCGGUAAAGUUUACAUCGGAGAGACGGGUUGUUCCUUCAACACUCGGAUUAAGGAACACAAGGCCCAUGGUAGGAGAGACGAGAGGGAAAAAUCUGCAAUCAUCGAUCAUGCCCAUACGCAUGAUCACCGGAUUCUUUGGGAUGAGAGUAGACUAGUCACCCGUGUCCCCUACUGGUAUCAACGGAGAGUCAGAGAAGCGUUGGAGAUUGAGGAACAUAACACUGUUCCUCAAGACAGCGGCCUCCAACUCAGCAAUAUCUGGCUUACCGUUCUAGACAAAGAGGCUAAUUUGCCUAAUUAG